UGUUGGCUGAAUGAUUUUUACAGUACCGACGGGUCCUAAAACCCUGCCUGUGGAUGCUCCUGGAGACUGGAGGGGAUAUAGCCAUUUGCCCCCCAGGGGUGCUCAAUUCAGCCUGACUGGAAGGAAUCCUGGCACAACACACCACUGAGGUCUCCACCUGUGGCUUGAUGUGAUGAAGCCUUGAGAAACAACUGCUCUCUGUCCCCCCCUUGGCCUGGCGCCUCCACCUGGCAGCACCAGCUCGCCUGGCAAACACAUGGUGGUCACUGCAGCCACCACGGGGAUGCACUGACAGCCUCGCCGCUCGCCUCUCCACCCCUGUCAAGUCUGCCUGGCAACAACAACCAUAACCAUGAGCUCUCACAGUCGGUCAGGUGGCUUGACCAGCAACGAACAGCCUGUGGAACUUCUUAAACCAGGUGCACUCAACCAUUUCGUGGAUGUGAGCACGGCAGCACUGCCCAUGCAGGUGCCCCCCGCCACCACAGCCAUCCUUCCCAUGGACCUACGCGUAGUGGACCACCCCCACCACCACCACCAUCACCACCACCACCACCAGCAGCCCUCCUUCGGCCUGGCUCCCCAACCCCACCCUACACCGCCCGUCUCCACAGCUUUCCCCGCAUCCUCCGAGCCAGGCCGCGGGACAGUCAUUAGUAAGUGGGCAUGGUCUCUGGUAGGGCUGGGUAUCGGCAAUGAUUUUCCAGACCCCCCAGAGCAGCAGCUGCAGCAGGAGCUGGUGACUCUCAAACACAAGCAGCAGCUCCAGAGACAGCUCCUGAUCGCCGAGUUCCAGAGGCAGCACGAGCAGCUGUCGCGACAACAUGAAGUCCAGCUGCAGGAACAUGUCAAGUCUUGUCUCUCUCUCCACCAGCACCAACAGGACUUACUGGCGCUCAAGCACCAGCAGGAGCUGUUGGAGCACCAGAGGAAGAUGGAGCAGCAGCGUCAUGAGCAGGAGAUAGAGAAGCAGCAGCGGGAACACAAACUGCUACAGCUCAAAAACAAGGAGAGGGGACAGGAGAGUGCAGUCGCCAGUACAGAGGUUAAGAUGCGACUUCAGGAGUUUGUCCUGAACAAGAAGAAAGCCCUGGCUCAGCGAAACCUAAACCACUGUCUGCCCAGCGACCCGCGCUUUUGGUAUGGAAAAACCCAGCACAGCUCUUUGGACCAGAGCUCUCCUCCCCAAACAGCUUUGUCAGCGUACACCCACCCAAUGCUGGGCACAUACGACUCGAGAGACGACUUCCCCCUCCGCAAAACAGCCUCUGAGCCCAACCUGAAGCUUCGUUCCCGGCUAAAGCAGAAGGUGACAGAGCGCCGCAGCAGCCCUCUGCUCCGAAGGAAAGAUGGUCCCAUCACUACUGCCAAGAAGCGUUCCCUCGACUUGGCUGAGUCUGCAUGCAACAGUGCACCAGGCUCAGGACCCAGCUCCCCCAACAACAGCUCUAGUAACAUCCCAAGUGAGAACGGGGUCACUAUCUCCAGCAGCCCAGGAGAGGUCUCCCUGCUUCAGAGGUUGGCUGCAAGGGAAGGUUCAGUUAGCCAGCUCUCUCUCUACACCUCCCCUUCUCUGCCCAACAUCACCCUGGGACUGCCAGCCACAGGCCCUGCUAGCUCUCUGGUGUCAGGACACCAAGAUGGUGAGAGUCGUCUGGCAUUGCCUGCGUUACAGCAAGGCAUUCCUCUGACCCCUCCAUUCCUGCCCACGGCCCACCUGCCCUCCUACUUGGCAUCUUCAGCUCUGGACAGGGAGGGGGCCGGAGGGGGAACGGCUGGUCACAACCCCCUUCUCCAACACAUGGUACUGCUGGAGCAGAGCCACAAUCCAAUGGUUGGUCUGGCUGGCCUCCCACUACCAUCACCCUCUGUCUCUAAACUUGCGCGUGGCCACCGCCCCCUUGGAAGAACCCAGUCUGCCCCUCUGCCUCAGCAGCAAUGUGGACAGGCCCAAGCCCUGCAGCAGCUGGUGGUUCAGCAGCAACACCAGCAGUUCCUGGAGAAACACAAACAACAGUUCCAACAGCAGCAGCACAUCAUCAACAAGAUCAUGUCCAAGCCCAGUGAUCAGGUCUCCGCAGCGAGCUCCAGCACCUCAGGGCCGGGCAGGCAGCACCAGAGUCACCCAGAGGAGACGGAAGAGGAACUCAGGGAGCACCAGGGGCUCUCCCUCUCACCCUCGUCCUCGUCCUCUCCAUCCACACAGGAGACCGGGCCUCUGCGAGGGCUGGUCAUCAAGCAGGAGCCCACAGACCCCCAAGAGCAGGAGGAGAGGGAUGUUGAGCAGGAGUUCCUGUUCCGACAGCAAGCUCUGAUGUUAGAGCAGCAGCGGAUCCACCAGCUGAGGAACUACCAAGCCUCCAUGGAAGCAGCCGGGUUAUCCAUUAGCUUUGCUGGACACCGCCCCCUCUCCAGGGCUCAGUCAUCUCCAGCCUCCGCCUCCUUCCCCAUGGUAGUACAGGAGCCCCCUGCCAAGCCUCGAUUUACUACAGGUCUAGUGUAUGACUCGUUGAUGCAGAAGCACCAGUGUAUGUGUGGCAACACCACCAGUCAUCCAGAGCAUGCUGGUCGCAUUCAGAGUAUCUGGUCCCGACUACAGGAAACAGGCCUCAGGGCGCAUUGCGAGUGUAUCCGCGGUAGGAAGGCCUCACUGGAGGAGUUGCAGACGGUCCACUCUGAAGCCCAUGUCCUGCUGUACGGAACCAACCCACUGCGGCAGAAAUUGGACUGUUCAGUGAGUCCCAUGUUUGUGAGGCUACCAUGUGGAGGCAUCGGGGUGGACAGCGACACCAUUUGGAAUGAGGUCCAUUCAUCCAGUGCAGCUCGUCUGGCCGUCGGCUCGGUGGUGGAGCUCGUCUUCAAAGUAGCAACGGGAGAGCUGAAGAAUGGUUUUGCUGUAGUUCGACCUCCUGGACACCACGCUGAGGAGAGCACGCCUAUGGGCUUCUGUUAUUUCAACUCAGUCGCCAUAGCAGCCAAGCUGCUGCAGCAGAGACUCAAUGUCAGUAAAAUCCUCAUCGUGGACUGGGAUGUUCACCAUGGUAAUGGCACCCAGCAGGCCUUCUACUCAGACCCCAGUAUCCUCUACCUGUCACUGCAUCGCUACGAUGAUGGCAACUUCUUCCCUGGCAGUGGAGCACCUGACGAGGUGGGGAGUGGAGCAGGUGAAGGCUUCAAUGUGAACAUGGCCUUUACUGGAGGACUGGAACCUCCCAUGGGUGAUGCAGACUACCUGGCUGCAUUUAGGACGGUGGUUAUGCCUAUUGCCAACGAGUUUGCCCCAGACGUGGUUCUGGUAUCUUCAGGCUUUGAUGUGGUCGACGGACAUGCUCCACCCCUGGGAGGAUACAAACUGACAGCCAAAUGCUUUGGCUACCUGACCAGGCAGCUGAUGGGUCUGGCAGGCGGUCGGUUGGUGCUUGCCCUGGAGGGGGGUCACGACCUCACAGCUAUAUGUGAUGCCUCGGAAGCCUGCGUCUCUGCUCUGCUUGGCAAUGAGUUGGACCCCAUUCCGGACGAGGUGGUGCAGCAGAGACCGAAUGCCAACGCUGUCCACUCUAUGGAGAAAGUUCUUGAAAUACAAAGUAAAUACUGGCGCUCCCUGCAGCGCUCCGCCUCCACACUCGGUUGCUCGUUGAGCGAAGCCCUACGGCACGAUGCAGAGGAAGCUGAGACUGUUUCCGCUAUGGCCUCAUUGUCUGUCGCCAACAAGCACAUUGGAAAGAGGGCUCAAGAGGAACCAAUGGAAGAGGAAGCUACUAUGUAAAAAAACAAACUCCCUAGUCUUUGACCACUCAUACCAGUCUUCUUCUUUGACACAGUAUACACUCAGUGUCAAUUUAAAUGCCACUCCUAUGUCUCACCCCUGCCACAUCAAGCUGGCAUCUUAUUAUGGGAGAGAGGUAGCCGAGCUGACAAAAGUUGGCGCUCAAAGGAAACGGAACACUGACGAUGAGCGAUGCAUUCACUGAUCAGCAGUGCACAGACUGAUCAGCAUAAAUGUGUUCCAUUGUCUCUCCAAGACCUUGGAUUACAGAGGAUUGACUCAACCAUCCCGCAAUGACAACCUCGAGUGCCAGUGCUUUUUUAAAACACUAGACAAGAUGUACUUUUUGAAUGCCAGUAGGAUCCAUACACAGACGAUGCAUAGUCAUCUUCUUUUCUUAUUUUUCUGUUGUUUCUGUGCUUUAUCUUUCAUCAAAAACCACCAGAGCUAAUGUGAUUGUGACUCUUAAGAUAUCCGGACGAAUGGAACAAAGUGGUCGAAUUUCUUGCCAUUUUCAAGUUGGUUGACAAUUACAGAUGAGAAAGGUCAGCAGAUGUUGUCAUUCCAUUAUGACUGACAGCGAAAGACUGUGCGUUCGUGCCUUUUUUUUGUCUUUUUUAUUUUCCAAACCUGGUGGAUUUUCUGUUGAACUCUACUGAAAGAGCAUUGCCUUAAAUACAGGUUUGGGAAUGAGGCCUCUUCUCCUCAACCCCUUAAACAUUUUUAUCCUGGCAAGACAUCCAAUGCCUGCAUGUUGGCACAUAGACUGGAGGACUUUGGCAUGUUUACCUAUAAUUCCCUGCAAGCAGCCUUCUGUCUCUCCCUGUACCUCCAUCAUUUAAAUAAUCUCAUUUGAGAAGGUAGUCCCCAGCAACAAGUUGGAGGUGGUUCAGUUUAAAAGUCACAGGUGGAUUAGUAAUACUCAGUGGAACCAUGUAUUAGAUACAGUCCCGUAGCCAGAGGAAAUGUCCUAAAGGACCAGCUGCGCCUUAGUAAAAACGUUUCUCAAUGCCCACAAUGAAUCUGCAUACAUUGCAUUGGAUGCAGCAAUUGUUAAUCUGUCUAAUAGUUUUCCUUUUACUUGAAAAUGGAUUUAAAGUGGUUUAGUGGUAGUCUAAAAGAUUUGCAAUAGGGGGGCAUUGGGGUCCCCUUGGCAACGGGCCUGAUCAGAUAGGUAUCAGCUGUUCCCAAGAGAAGAGUUAAGUCACAUGCACUGCACUAGAGCAACAGCAGAAUCCUAUUCUAUGCCGUAUUUAGACAAUAAUGAAGCCAAAGCAUGAUGGACUUUCUCUAUAGAGUCAAACCACUUCAUUUUUACAUUAGAAUCCGUCUCACCUUUUGCAGAUUAUUGAGGGAUAGACAGGAAUUAAUCUCAUAUGGGCCAAUUUGUUGAACCAGCCCUCUCUUAAAGACAACUGUGUCUCUGUGGUAACAAUGACCAAACCACCUUGGGAUUUUCCAGAGGGGUGUUCCAGUGCUGCACAGGCUCUCACAGCUGGUUUAACAUUAACUUUAGUCCCUUGUUAAGCACAUCUGCUCCCCAAAUGCCAGGUGCUGUAAGGCAGGUGUGUGUUCAUAUACAGUGAAUCACAAGCUGCUCUUUAUAAAUAUUCAAGUGUAUACACACAUUUGCAUAGUUGUUUUUCCUUAUUAAUCAUCCCCCUUUCUCUUAAAGCAGUGUGGGAUAAUCCCAUCCAGAAUAAAUAUCCUUGCAACUUUGAAUAGAACAUGUAGCUCAGAUUAUGCUCUGGAUGCCGAAUCUGCCUGCAUUUGAUUAAAUCUCAAUAAUUUAUCAAAUCUGCAUUACAAACCUGAAUCCUUUUCAAUCAGUUUAUACCUUAAUAUGAAAAAAAAAACAAAAAACUCUAAGCUUAACUUCUAAACUUAACUAAUGUGGGUUUUGUACUGACUCUUAACUUAAACUAAACUGGCUAUCGGAGCCCAACCCUGCUAGCCAGACUAUACAGCACACCAACCACCAGCCUAGUUGUAGUUAAAUUCAGUUGUCCAUUUUGGCAAUGAAAACACCAUAAUAACAAGGUACGUUUUUUCCUAAAAAUGCAUGUACAAGUCUGAUUAAACAGUCCAAGUGUGCAGACGUGGACUUCCUGUUUGUAACCAUCCCUCCAACUUGUCUUUGGCACCUGGGCAACUACCUUCUCUCACCUUUGGUUCAUCUACCAGCUGACCGUGUUUCAUGUAUUUUUUCAGUGAACAGGAAACUGUGGUGUUUACCGUUGUUUACUGUACAUAGGACAUGGAUCUCACAUGGAGUAUUCUUGCCACACACAUUUGUCAACGACUACUCUUGUCUAUUCUCUUUCCUCUCAUCCGUUUCUUUUUUUUUCCUGGCUUUAUUGCCCUGUCAGUGGAAUCCAGUGACUUCUUUUUUUUUUCAUGUUUUUUUGUUCACUUUCCCCUCUCUGUCUCUCUGUUAAACUGUAAAGCUGACAUUCUUCACAACAGGUGAGGGUUCAGAUUCUCUCUUUAGUGGACAUUACAUUACUUAUUUUCUGUUUUUUGUGGGAGUGUUGGGAUGCAAAUGUUUCUACUUUGUAUAAUGAUGGACAAUUGUGUAUUUACUGUCUGUUCAUAGUAGAUUUAUAUAUGAAAAGAAAUAAGUAUAUUAUAUAUAUAUAUAUAUAUAUAUACACAUAAUGAAAUACCAUGAUCCUGUUUUUGAAGUUAGUAUUGAAAAAUGCUACAUUUCAUGGGCCUUCAACUCAGUCUGCCCUUUUUAGGGUGUUACUGAAGGCACCAUUUAUUGUCCUUAGUUACAGUUGGUUACUUGUUGAGUAGCAUUUUACUGGUUGUCUUUUUGUCUUUCAACACUGAUGACUAGUUUUUGGCUUCAUCCAUCCCAUUGGUACCAUUACACUGAUACACUAGGUGUGCCAUUGCCAACCGCUCGGCCACACACAUUCAUGCACGUAUUCCUACUAUUCCACUUUUUUUUUAUUUAUGUGUACAAAUUAUUGUAGAAAAACACAAAUUUUAGCUGGCACCUAUAAAGUUUCAGCAUGAAAUGUGAGACUAAAAUUCUAAAUCUGGAUUCUACGCAUCUCAAAAACAAUCUGUAGUGGUUCUCUUUCUUAAAGAUUUACAAGUUCAUCCUCUAGACCACAAAAAAUGGGAUGGGUGGAUUUGAAUUGGAACAUGGCCAUGCUAUUCCCCUACAUCAUAUCACUCUGAUGGCCUUACAAAUCUUUUCACAUGCUCAUCACUUAUAUCCUUAUCUGACCAAAUGUCCUUAGUUUUCAUUGAACUUAACAUUCCAUUUAAAUUCAUCUAGCUGACAUGUGUAUCUGGUUCAUCAGCUAAGUGAUGCCUCUGGGUUUCAGGGGGGCCUGUUGUUAGCAAGACUGUCCUGUAUCCAACAGAUCACAGGUGUUGGAUCCCUGAAGCAGCCCACGUCUUCCUGUCCUCACAGAACACCAAAACUUCUCCCGUACUAGGACCAAUGUUUUUCACAAUAUCUAUGUCUCAAAGGAGCAUAUAGAAGAAAAGAAAUAUGAUCGUCAUGCCAUAAACUGAUUGACAUGUUCUUAAAUCUCAAUCAGACUUUCGAGGACAACAUUUUCUAAUUUUGACUGAAUGUAUCUGGAGCCAUGCUGCAUCUCAUGUCCCUAAAUCGUCUCCUCUGCAUUCUUUUCCAUGGCUUCUGCAGAUGGCCACAGAGGUCAAUGUUAAGACUAUAUAAUGCUAGUGUCAUCUACAGUACCACUUUGUAAGUGUACAAAGGAAAAUUAUGAGUCAGUGCUUGCAGUAAAUUGUAGGCCAUAAAGUAGGAUUUACACUGAGUACCCGAGAGAUAACUAAGGUCUAAGCAUUUGUAGACGGGCAUUAUUGGGCAUCACAUUUUUAGGUUUUUUUUGUAUGAUUUAAACGCAUAGCCAUGUGAAAGAUGUGUGAUUUUUCAAUACAUUCCUUUUAUAUCAGUCACCUACACAAAUACCACUUUCUCCUGUGUUUUUUUUUUUUUUUGUAAUUUCCAGGACUUCUUAAUUGUGAUACUUCAUGCAUAUAGAUGUAUUUGUGGUUGGAAUAUAAAAAUGCAAUUAGUCAGGCUAUCCUGAAUAUCACCUUAACUUGGAUACGCUGACAUCUCUGUGCAUGUAAAUACACUUGGUGAGAUGCUUUUUGGUAACCCAGCCACGAACAUUCCCAGACCCUUUUGCGCAGCAGUGCCAGUCAUGGGGUUUCUACUGCUGAAUGCUUUGGUUUCUCAAGAGGAGCCAAAACCAGCACUGUCUGGCCACUCUGGCCAUCUGUCUUCACUGUUAGUCUUGACAUAGUCUAUUUCCUUGACGUUCCACUUCCGGGAUUGCUCCGGUGCCGCAGGAGAUUCCGCCGGAUGCAUGUAUUUCCGCCGAUUUCCUUUUCCUUGCGCUUUUUUUGUUGUUGUUGGAAUUCUAAACUCCGGGCGGAUUUCUGAGGACUAUGGUUAACUGCUCCUCAGAUCUCUGCAGGGUAAAUCCAGACAGCUAGCUAGACUACCUGUCCAAUCUGAGUUUUCUCUCGCACGACUGUUUUGCAGCCGCUCCGUGCUUGUCCCAAGACGAUUGUGAUUGGUUUAAAGAAAUGCCAAUAAACCAGAGCACGUUUUUCUCCCAUCCCAGAAUGCUGUGUGGACUAGCCAGUACCACCUCCGCUCCGCAGUGUGUGGAUGGUCUGGCAAAGCGAGCGACUAGUCUUAACCCAAUGUCCAGUAACAAAAAAAAAAAACCUGCAA